AUGAGUGAGCCUGGAGAUGCAAGCGUCUGCCAUCGAUGCGCCGGUGUGACUAGCUUGCGCACACAGCCUCGCCAGCAUGGAGCGCUGCGAGACUGCGCUGCCGUACCUUCAAGAGGGCCUUGUCCGAGAGAUCGCACAAGAUCAGCAGAGAUGACGAAUCUUUCGACUCAGAAGAGGCUCGCGGCCUCUGUGCUCGGCGUGGGCAAGAGAAAGAUCUUCCUCGACCCUUCACACAUGACCGACAUCGCACAGGCUAACAGCCGUGCCAACAUCCGCAAGCUCUUCAAAGACGGAAUCAUCGUCAAGAAGCAGCCCGUCAUCCACUCUCGUGCUCGCGUACGCGAUCUCAAGGAGGCAAAGUCAAAGGGCCGUCACUCUGGCUUUGGUAAAAGGAAAGGUACAGCAGAAGCUCGUAUGCCGACCAAGCUACUCUGGAUGAGACGCCAGCGCGUUCUCCGACGCCUUUUGCGCAAGUACAGAGACCAAGGCAAGAUCGACAAGCAUCUCUACCAUUCCCUCUACCUCAAGUCCAAGGGCAACGUCUUCAAGAACAAGCGUGUUCUCAUGGACUUCAUCCACAAGGCAAAGGCCGAGAAGACCCGCACAAAGGUCCUCUCCGAGCAAAUGGAGGCUCGCCGUGUCAAGUCAGUCCUUGCUGGCUCUGUCGUGUUUUCACCGGGCUCAUCCAGUGUCUGUUUGCACCAGGAACAAGGCUCUCCGAGAGCGCCGAGCUGCUCGCACGGCAGAGAAGCGACAUGCUAUCGUCGAGGUCGAGAACGAGGAGGCAAAGGAGUAAUCUUGCUUCAUCUGCAGUCUACGCUUCGUUGUAUCCUUGUCUGCAUCAGCUAUGCCGAGCACAGGAGUCUGUUCAUGUGA